CCGGAAGCGCUUCAGAUUUCAGUCAGCUUGGUAGCCGUGUAGUAGGAAGUCCUCCGGUUAAGCACUCGCCCAAAGACAAAUUAAACCCGAAACAGACAAAUAUCUGGAAUAAUCCAGAGAAUGGACGGGGACAGGUCACUUCAGACAAAUGCAGGAAAUGCCACUGCACCAGAAGAGACCAGUAAAGCUUCAAGUCCAAAACUACCAGAAAUUCGUCUAGUGGUUCUGGGUUGGAGGUGGCCAGGGAAAAGCCUGACUGGAAACACCAUCUUAGGCCGAGAGGAGUUUCGCUUGGAGCGAGCAGCCGAGUUCUGUGUAAAGAGGCAGACCGAGGUGCAGGGGCAGCAGGUGACUGUGGUUGACACUCCAGGUUGGUUCUCCGCCCAGGACACACCAGCUUCUUAUAAACAGGAGCUAGUGAGGGGGGCAUCUCUUUGCCCUCCAGGUCCUCAUGCCUUCCUCCUGGUCAUCCCUGUUGGCAUGUUCACAGAGGUGGACCGUGCUCGCAUUGAGGAGCAUGUGAGUCUAUUUGGCGAGGCUGUGUGGAAACAUACGAUUGUGGUUUUCACCUGGGCGGAGGUGCUGAGGAAGAUUUCAAUUGAAAGGUACAUUCGCAGGGAGGGCAAGGAGCUGCAGUGGGUGCUGGAAAAGUGUAAGAAAAGGUACUUUGUGAUAAACAACUGCGUAUUUGGGGAGCAUCCCCAGGUAGGACGCUUGAUGGAGAAAGUGGAGAAAAUGGUGGCAGAGGAGGAUGGUUACUACUGCGCAGAAGAGUUGGAAAAGGAGAAGAAACCGGUGGAUGAGAACCAAAACCCAGCCAGGGAUGUGCGGGAGCUGGGGGCAAGACCCAAACAAAACUCUGGACUGGGUUUGUCCAAAGCUGUGGAGGUGGAGUCGGUUUCUAGUGAGUGAUGCCUUUAUCUCGGCUCACAAGAAAGUCAGAUUUUAAUGAUUAUAAAUGUCUUUCUUUUGUUCUAGGAUGUUUCUGUUUAUUAAGGCCUCCAUGAAAUGAUGACUUUACUUCCUUAGUGACGUAAAAAAAACUCCCAAAUGACAAAAUGUUAACUUAUUGUAACUGUUUCAUUCAAACUAAGGGUGAGUCAUUGAGGUGUUGCUUAAAUCUUUGCCCAAGAUGUUUCAACAUACGUCCUUGACCUGCAGCAGUGGACUUUUCUAGCUGCGUAAACAAACUGAGAACACUACACUGCUGUUAUCACCCCAUAACUUAAUAUUGGAAACUGGUUAGUAAACAGCUGCCUGUUUACACAACAACAUUAGCACCAAUCCUAUUUAUUUGCUGUAAUUUUAUUUAUUUUUAUGAAAUCAAAAUGAUUCCAGAAGUGAUACGUACACAAAUAUAUCCUUUCAUGGAGUCUUUUAAAACAGAUACAAUUUGUAUUUCGUUUUCUCCUCUAAUUCCCAUGUGCCUGACUGGUAGGCUUGAAGUUUCAAUUGCAGCAUUGGUUACACAAAGUGCAGCCCAAUAUUAUCCUUGUCUUUUCCUCCUUCUGCCUCUAUUAAAACCUAAGAAACACAAGCAUGGCAAUAAAACAAAGCCACCACGAUGAUCAUUUGUUCAUCUAAAUGUGUGCAUGUAACCCUGUGUUUAAUCUUAGAUUAACCAGACAUUCUUGAUUUAUGGAGCCUUAUAACCAUUAAUAACGGUGCCUGUGACUGUUCUGUUCACAGAGCUGCUUAUUAGAUGAGAGAGAAGGAGAAUUAACUAAAAGGUUACUGAAUGUUGAAAACGAUGAUGGAUUUAUUUAUUUUUUUAAUCAGACGUUACUGUGUGUUUUAUUCUUCUACUUUUGGCUUCUCACUGGUAAAAUGAGGUUUUAACACGAACCAUUUUUUCCUGCUACCGUUGAUUUACUGUGUAAUGAUGCUUUGUUCUUGGGUGUGGAGAUUUGUGUCAGUGAUGUAAUUUAAUCUGUGAACACUGAAGCACAAACUGUUACAGAAGAGAUGUCUCCAUUAUUGACCUAAUGUGUACAAUCUGUAGGUAUGGUGAUCUGCACUACCAAAUAGUUACUAUAGUAUUCUGUUCAUUACUGUUGAGGGAAAUGAUAUUGAUUCUCAUUCAAUGUGACCAAAUUGUAAAUGCUUUUUUCAUGCUGCAAUGUUUCUCUCUUAUUUUAAAGCACUUCAGCAGCUGUUGAUUUUGAUUGCCUUAAACUAUUUGUUUGUUUCUCUUAAUUAGAUCUUUCACAUGUUUUCUCAUUUUGCAGCGAAGGCUGAGACAUGCUCUUACCUUCAAAACACAUGCUAUCUGUUUUUAGUAAAUCUGUAGAAUGGUGUGGUUUUUUUCCAACACAGAAUAGAAAAAUGUACUGAAACUCACGUAUUGUACAGGUGUAAUUUCAUACAAAGUGCUUUCCUAUAGCACGUGUGUGCACAGAAAAUACCCAAGGGCAUAAGGAAUAAACAGGUGCACCACAAAUUAUAUGCCUGCCUUGCAUAUCUCUCUACCACAGUUCACUUUGCAUAUGAAUAAAACUGACAAUGUUACUGAGUUUAACCACAGGUAAUUCAGGUACUAUUACUAAUACAUACAUAACCAAUCGCAAAGAUGCACAACUCUUUGCUUAGGAAAGCUGUUGAUACUGUAGAUACUGUGUUUCUACUCAAUAAGCAGUAAGCAAAGUAUAAUGAAUGUAUUUUCAUAUGCAUGUUGAUUGUGACUGUUUUCAUCAAUGUGGGAGACAAUGUUUAUUAAAUGUCUGAUGAAAACUUAUUGAUAUGCGUGCAGAUACACAGAUGUAGGUCACGCUGCAUUACAGCAGGUUUAAGGUCACUGACAAGAGAAUUCUCAGGUUAGUUAAUUUCAAGUUAGCUACUUCUAAAGGGAUUUUUUAAUCAGCACUGACCAUGUUUAGUCUCCUUUCUUAGAUGUGUUGUUCUGAAUCCAUAUGUGUAUCAAGUUACUCUUAAGUAAUCAAAGACGGACACUGGGCACCGCUGUAAGUAUAUGUUGUACCCUUUAAGGCCUGAAACAUUAAACUUUAAUGUUUUCUCUUUUGAGACA